CAUUAAGUCGAAAUAUCGUACUACAUCUCUUACUCGCACUGUACCAUGAAAAGAGUAACGAUUUAAUCUUUAUUUGAUGUCUCUGGUGUUGGAAUAGUUCGCAGAAUCUGCACGCGCGGCGAAUUGGCAAUGUAGUAUGAAUUUCUGUACUCCGAAACAUAUCCGGUGGCUAAGCGCCCACCGCGUACCAGUAGAGACCUGUUGCUACGAUCGCACUCUCCUGCCUAAUGCCCAAACGCAAGAACUCCUGGCGAUUUGCAAACCUUGGCAUUGCUACACGAAUAUGUCAAAGAAGUGCGCCGUGUGCAAAGGGUUUAAAUGUGUGCCUGGAACGAGGGAUUGCUACUGUCGUCUCCCAAGCCUAAUAGUCGAGACGGCCCCCUGCAGAGCUCGCGGCGUCGAUGUUCUCUUCCUUCCCAAAUUUCACUGCGAGCUCAAUUUCAUAGAGCACGGCUGAAUCCCCCAUCGUCCAAGGAAGAAGACCUUCGAAAAAACGUCUUGAACGCGCUCGAAAGUGUUCCGUUGGUGGCCAUGCGGCGGUGAGUCUGUGCCUGCGCGUACCACAAGGGCUUUAACGGCGCACAAGCCGCAUGGGCAUCGAAGAAGUAUCAUAGCCAUCGCACCCUACCAAACACGAUAAUGAACGAGCUUCUUGCAGCUGACACAAAUACUCAGGUUGAAUCACGGAAACAUUCCCUACUGCUCUAAUAGUUACAAGCUCCAUAAUAUAUAACAGUACAAUGUGUCCUGGUCGUACCUAAUUACAAUCACAUAGCCUCGGGCGAUGUCAGUACACUCU